AUGCCCACUUCUCAAGGAACCUUCAGAUGGACGGCUCCAAAUCUAGCAGAUGCAGAAUUCAAUGUUGACGGUACAUUUUCCAGAUGCGAUAUUACUCUCAAUGUACCGAUUCCGAAUUUCGGAAAGACAUCAGCAACAUUGAAUUACGAUGAUAUAAGCCAACUCUCCGGCACACAAUUCUUCGAUGGCCAUAUUGGUAGAGUAGACUUUGAAACCGAUUUUAAAAACGCUCCCAAGAUCCAAGGCAACCUAGACACGCCUAUCGACAAGUACAUACCCGUUAAUGGGAAAGGAAGGUGGGUAGAGUUCUUUUCGGAUUGA